CACCACAGUCACCUAUGCAAACAACAUCGCUCGCAAUAUACCACACCACCACACCACCACACCACCACACCCUACCCGACACUCGACAUGAAUCAAUGUCCCAUCGAAUAAUCAGCACACCUCCCGCCUGGCAUGACAGCUCGAUGAUUCAAUAAUUUAAUCAACUUCUUCAAUACCUCCUGCCACAAUCACCAACCUCCAACCUCUUAGACGACCUCGAUUGUAAACGCCAUGAGCUCCUGGUUUGGGAACACCGCCAACGCCGAGCUGGACGCGCAGAUUGAACGUGCUACCGCCAGCUCGCUCGAGGAUAUUGCCCUCAAUCUCGAGAUCAGCGAUGUCAUACGCAGCAAGACGGUGCAGCCGCGCGAGGCCAUGCGCAGUCUGAAGCGUCGCAUCGGCCACAAGAAUCCCAACGUGCAGCUGGCCGCCCUCUCCCUCACCGAUACCUGCGUCAAGAACGGCGGCUCCCACUUCCUGGCCGAGAUCGCCUCUCGCGAGUUUGUCGACUACCUCACCAGCAUCCUACGCGCCGGCUCGUCCACCGCCCCCGCCCUCAGCCCCCCAAACACCGACGUCCAGGCGCGCAUCCUCGAGCUGCUGCAGCACUGGGCCGCCGCUGCACAACAUCGAGACAGCCUGACCUACCUUUCCGAGACGUACCGCACCCUUCAGCACGAAGGCUUCCACUUUCCGCCGCGCCACGAAGUUGCCAGUAGCAUGUUCGACUCGUCCGCACCGCCUGAAUGGGCCGACAGCGACGUUUGCAUGCGCUGUCGCGAAAGGUUCACCUUCACAAACCGCAAACAUCAUUGCCGGAAUUGCGGCAACGUCUUUUGUGGGACCUGCUCGAGCAAGAGCUUGCCAUUACCACAUCUCGGCAUUGUACAGCCCGUGCGCGUAGAUGAUGGUUGCUAUGCGAAGCUUUCUGACAAGGCUCGUGCCACCACUGCGCCACCGCGGAGUUCCAGUGCUAGCAAGAGGACGUUAUGGCAAACCUCUGGCAUGAGUGGUACCGAGAGCGCCCUUGGGGGAGGGACGGAUCGGAUGCAGCCCCGCGAUGCUCGAGUGACUGACGACAGCUUCGAUGCCGAUCUAAAGCGUGCGCUAGAGAUGAGCUUAGAGGAUAGCAAAGGCCAUGCCGGCGCAGGCUACGUGCCUCAAACGCAGACACAAUCACUGCCUCAGCGGCAGUCUUCAGCUCUUGGCAUGAACGGCAAAAGCACAAGCCGGGUUACACCAAGUUAUGAAGCACCAAAAGACGAAGAAGAGGACGCGGAUCUCAAAGCAGCUAUUGCAGCUAGCCUGCAGGACAUGGAGACACAGAAAACGAGGCACGCCCGAGAACUCAAGGAGCAAGCAUCCUCAUCAUCUGCACCGCUGCAGUACCAGCCGAAUAACCAAUUCGAGCUGACACCCGUGGAAGCUGAAAAUAUCAAUCUGUUUGCUACGUUAGUGGAUCGGCUGCAGCACCAGCCGCCUGGUACCAUACUGCGGGAGCCUCAGAUACAGGAACUGUACGAGAGUAUUGGAACUCUGCGUCCAAAGCUGGCGCGUACUUAUGGGGAGACAAUGAGCAAACAUGACACGCUGCUAGACCUGCACUCCAAACUCGCGACAGUCGUGCGUUACUACGAUCGCAUGUUGGAAGAACGUAUGGCAAAUGCCUACAAUUCAAGCAGGUAUGGCGCCGUCCAGCAGCGCCAAACCAUGUAUCCUCACCUCGCCCCUCAGUCCGGCGUAGAAGGUUACUACCUUGCCAGCCAUCCAGCAAUCGACGAACCCGCGCACCAGGGUGUGUAUUCAGAACGACAGCAGCACUCCGCGCCUUAUCCCUCGUUCGAUGGGUCACGCAUAUCAUCUUAUGAACCGAAUCCGCCAGAGUCUUCGUACUAUCCAGCUAUGCAGCACCCAUAUCAGCCUCGAGUACCGUCUGUUCCAACGGAGCAGCUGAGCUCGCCUCCACAACAGCCCAAUGUGCAUCACGGCCAGUCGAAUUCCAUUUCGCAAGUUUCGGAGUCAGCGGCCAGCUAUUACACUGGUGGUGACCAAUAUCCAGAAGCUCCUAUGCAGUCACCGCCCGCAUCUUCACAGCAGCAACAGCUACAACAACGAAUUCCCCCUCCUGCUCUGCAACGGCAGUCGUCACAGUCCUAUUACCAAACGCAAACCCCAUUGCCGCAGCAGCAGCCAGUCUUUCCAAGUGCGCCCCAACAUGCACUACCCGUGAAAGAAGAGAGCUUGAUAGAGCUGUAGAAUUAGGGGAAACGCGUAGCUAAUCAGUCGUACGCUCGUUGCAGCUAGAGCACGAAUUAAACAAACGUUCGUAUCAGAAGGCGAUAGGCUAUAUAACGAGGUACCCGCUAGUGCAAUACUUUAGGGGCUGUUUAAUAGUAUGAAAUCGAAGUUGCUAUAGUAUGUUUAUUAUAGUUCGUAGCUCUAUUAAAUACUUGAAAAUUGAAC